UUUUACUGGGCGUUCUCUCAAAAGUUCACACGUCAAGAUAUUAUUAUUGCUAACUUGAUGUUCUUUCUUCCAGUUAAGGCUGCGUAAUCCAAACACAGAAAAUAAGCUUUCUUAGGAAGAGAACAAAACAAGCCAUAGAACAUGAACAGUGUGGCAAUCCCUCCACGGAACUCCUGAAACGGCUUUCCGUUUGCAGCCGAGCAUGUUCAUUCCGUGCGCUUGGCCAUUUACUUCUGUUUGGCACAUUACCUAUACGUAACCAAUAGCGAUGGGUUCCUCCUCCCAAGAACAACGUACGUAACUCCUUUCAGAUUUAUCAACCUCUCUGCUUUCAUUUGAUCAUGAUGACGAUACCAUCAGAUUACCUUCUUGAUACGGAUGAUCUCCUGAGUCCUGAGUGAGCUAACCUUUAGUAACUGACAUCCAUGGUCUUGGGUAUCAUGGAGCUUGCCUCUGUCUUACGUGCAAGUUUUGAACUUGUUGCUAUACUCAUCGACUCAUCCUUUUUCUGGUAACUUCUACAGCUGGAGACCUUGGGUACUCUAGUGGUUAAAGCGCCUUCACAUAUAUAGAGUUGUGACUUGUGAAGAGUUGCAGAGGAGGAAAACAGAAGCAGAGAGAGAGAGAGAGAGAGAGAGAGAGAGCUGAGAUGGAGUGGAGGAUGUUCUAUCUGGAUUUGGUGAUGGUGCCUCCAGCGCUGCUGGUCACAAUUGUCUAUAACGGUUUGUUAUGGUAUAAAGUUCGAACCAAACCACUCACCACCGUCAUCGGUGUCGAUUCAAUCUGCCGGCGUGCAUGGGUCUCUGCCAUGAUGAAGGAUAAUGACAAGAAGAAUAUAUUAGCCGUUCAGACCAUUCGAAAUGCGAUUAUGGGUUCGACCCUGAUGGCCACCACAUCGAUCCUGCUUUGCACUGGCUUAGCGGCUGUCCUCAGUAGCACUUAUAGUAUUAAGAAACCACUUAAUGACGAUGUCUUUGGAGCGCAUGGUGAAUUCAUGAUGGCGUUGAAAUAUGUCACUCUCCUCUUGAUCUUUCUCUUUGCUUUUCUCUGUUAUUCUCUGUCUAUUCGGUUUGUGAACCAGGUGAACUUCCUCAUCAACUCCACUCAGGACCCUUUGGGCAUAGUGACUCCCGAAUAUAUCUCUGAACUACUGGAGAAAAGUUUCACCCUCAACACUGUUGGCAACAGGCUUUUCUACUCAGCCCUACCUCUUCUUCUUUGGAUCUUUGGUCCAGUACUUGUCUUCUUGAGUUCAAUAACCAUGGUUCCAAUACUGUACAAUCUGGAUUUUGUUUUUGGGGGUGGGAAGAGUGAGAUCAAGGAGAAGGUUGGCGAGAAGAACAAGGAUUUUGUAUCAGUGUGAAUUGAAUGAGACAAUUAUCAAAGAGCUGCGCUCCCUCAGAUUGAUUGUAUUAGAUGGGUCCUUCCUUUGAUAAUAUGCACUCAUGGGUUCUGCAUAACUGAUUGAAUAUGUGAAGACAUCUCGUUUUUCCAUCUUCGUUAAUUUUAAAAGUUGGUGCUUAUGUGUAUAACAUUUUAAGUAUGGUUGCAUGUAUAUAUUUGUAAUGUGAUUAUUUAACUCGAAGUCGGCUGUAAUAAAAGUGAAAGGAUAUACUUUUUUUUCA